CUCCGUCCAGUGUGGGAUGCGACGGCUGCUGUAGGACCCCGCUGGUUGACUUAACUGGUUGGUUUUUGGUUUUUUUUUUCUCCCAUCAAGAAGUUUUGCAACAAUCUUCGGUCAGAAGACAGAAAAUGUCGUCGCCGAGGUUUAAAAAGGAUAAAGAAAUAAUCGCGGAUUACGAGAGUCAAGUCAAAGAGAUCCGGGCCCAGUUGGUGGAACAGCAGAAAUGUCUGGACCAGCAGACCGAGAUGAGGGUCCAGCUGCUGCAGGACCUCCAGGAUUUCUUCAGGAAGAAGGCAGAGAUUGAGAUGGAAUACUCCAGAAACCUGGAGAAACUGGCCGAACGCUUCAUGGCAAAGACGCGCAGCACCAAGGAUCACCAGCAGUACAAGAAAGACCAGAACUUGCUGUCCCCGGUCAACUGUUGGUACCUGCUGCUGAACCAGGUGAGGAGGGAGAGUAAGGACCACGCAACACUGAGUGACAUCUACCUCAACAACGUCAUCAUGAGGUUCAUGCAGAUCAGUGAGGACUCCACACGGCUUCUCAAGAAGAGCAAGGAAAUAGCCUUUCAGGUCCAGGAAGACUUGAUGAAGGUCCUUAAUGAGCUAUACACAGUGAUGAAGACCUACCACAUGUACCACUCUGAGAGCAUCAGCGCCGAGGGCAAGCUGAAAGAGGCUGAGAAGCAGGAGGAGAAGCAGAUCGGCAGGGGAGAGCAGGUCUUCAGCAUCCGAAUGGAAGACAAAUACCAGAGGCGCAGCUCUGUGAAGAAGAUCGAGAAGAUGAAGGAGAAGCGUCAAGCCAAGUACUCCGAGAACAAGCUGAAGUCGAUCAAAGCGCGGAAUGAGUACCUCCUCACACUGGAAGCGUCAAACUCCUCCGUUUUCAAAUACUACAUCCACGACUUGUCGGACUUAAUUGAUUGCUGUGAUUUGGGGUACCACGCCAGUCUGAACCGGGCCCUGCGCACCUACCUGUCAGCCGAAUACAACCUGGAGACGUCACGCCACGAGGGUCUCGACAUCAUAGAGAACGCCGUGGACAGUCUGGACCCACGGAGUGACCGACAGAGGUUCAUGGAGAUGUUCCCUACGGCCUUCUGCCCUCCGACAAAAUUCGAGUUCCAAUCUCAUAUGGGAGACGAGGUGUGUCAGAUCUCAGUGCAACCACCAGUGAACGGAGAGCUCAUCCUAAGGUUCCAGCAGCUUCAGUCUCGCCUGGCUACUUUGAAGAUAGAGAACGAAGAGAUCAAAAAGACAUCAGAGGCCACCCUGACCACGAUCCAGGACAUGGUGACCAUUGAAGACUACGACGUGUCAGAGUGUUUCCACCACAGCCGGUCAACGGAGUCGGUCAAGUCCACUGUGUCGGAGACGUACCUCAGCAAGCCCAGCAUCGCCAAGAGGAGGGCCAACCAGCAGGAGACGGAGCAGUUCUACUUCAUGAAAUUCCGGGAGUUUCUGGAGGGCAGUAAUCUCAUCACCAAACUGCAGGCCAAACAUGACUUGCUGAAGAGGACACUUGGUGAAGGCCACAGAGCUGACUACAUGACCACAAGACAUCCCAAUGGUCCAUUCAAAACCCACACCGGCACCCGGCGGGCUAGACCCCGCUCUGUUUUUAAUGUUAGGUUAUUUAAUGGCAAUUUGGAGUCAUUUAUCAAGGACUCUGGACAAGCUAUCCCCCGUGUGGUUGAAAGCUGUAUUCGCUGCAUAAAUUUGUAUGGCCUCCAACAUCAAGGAAUAUUUCGUGUAUCUGGAUCCCAGCUGGAAGUCAAUGACAUCAAGAACUCUUUCGAAAGAGGAAAUGACCCCCUGACGGACGAUGAGAACGGUCAUGACAUCAACUCAGUGGCUGGCGUUCUCAAACUAUACUUCCGUGGUCUGGAAAACCCCCUUUUCCCCAAAGAGAGGUUCAAUGAUCUGCUGUCCUGCAUCAGAAUAGAGAACCUGUAUGAGAGAGCGCUGUACAUCCGUAAGAUCCUUCUGACCAUUCCAAGAUCAGUCCUCAUCGUCAUGCGCUACCUCUUCGCCUUCCUCAACCACCUGUCCCAGUACAGUGACGAGAACAUGAUGGACCCGUACAACCUGGCCAUAUGCUUCGGCCCCACGCUCAUGCCCACACCAGAAUGCCAGGACCAGGUCUCCUGCCAGGCCCACGUCAACGAGAUCGUCAAGACCAUCAUCAUCCACCAUGAGACCAUCUUUCCUGAUCCCAAAGAGCUGGAAGGGCCCAUCUAUGAGAAGUGUAUGGCUGGAGGAGACUAUUGUGAGAGCCCCUACAGUGAGCAUGGAGCCCUGGAGGAAGUAGAAAACGAGGGAGGGACAGAGACACAUACCAGCGAGGACGAGGGCGAGCCCAUUGAAGCUAUUGCCAAGUUUGACUACGUUGGGCGCUCAUCCCGAGAGUUGUCCUUCAAGAAGGGCGCCUCCCUGCUGCUGUAUCAGCGGGCGUCAGAAGACUGGUGGGAGGGACGGCACAACGGCAUCGAUGGCCUGGUGCCUCAUCAGUAUAUUGUGGUCCAAGACAUGGAUGACAACUUCUCAGACACUCUGAGUCAGAAGGCUGACAGCGAGGCCAGCAGCGGCCACGCUGGAGAGGAUAAAUGCCUCGGGAAAGAAAUCGGCUCGCCCUCUGACCCCAGGAUCUCUGAGGCCUAUAUUACCAGCAGGCACAAGAAAAGAUCAGACCCACCAUCCCGACGUCCCCCUGCCCGCCCCAGUGAUGUCCACUGCAUGGUGCAUCCCUCCCAGCAUGGUCACGGAGGACAUGUAGGCACCCCAGAGAUGGGCUCCCCGGUUCUAGGCCACUUCAGCCCACGGGACAUGCUGCGGAAUCGCAACCACCUGCCCAUGGACAGCCCCGAACGCCGCCGCCGCACCGGCCACGGCAGCCUGACCAACAUCAGCCGCAACGAGUCGCUGAAGAAGAUCGAGAGCCCCCCGAUCCGCCGCUCCACCUCCUCGGGCCAGUACACAGGCUUCACCGAAACCCACCAUCACCACCACCAUGGCGGCAAGCCCCUGGAUCCGGAGACCAUCGCACAGGACAUAGAGGAAACUAUGAACACUGCUCUGAACGAGCUGCGUGAGCUGGAGCGUCAGAGCUCAGCCAAACACGCCCCCGACGUGGUGCUGGACACCCUGGAGCAGCGGCAGACCUCCGGCGGCAGCGGCGGAGGUCCCACGCCCGCCAGCUCCAGCGAGUCCCUCAGCCCCAUCCACGGCAUCAUGCUGAGGUCCACCGUCAACACGGAGCCACCCAUCCGCCGCAGCACCAGCACCUCCAGCGAUACUAUGAGCACCUUCAAGCCUCUGGUAGCACCCCGCAUGGGGGUGCAACUCAAACCCCCGGCCUUGAGGCCCAAGCCCAUGGUCCUGCCCAAGUCCAGCCCGGCCUCACAGCCUCCACCUACAUCUGCUCAGGACCCUCUGGACAAGUCCUGCACCAUGUAACUCUGGGAAGGGAUUUAAAAAAAAAAAGAGAUUUAAAAACAAAAGCUAUCAACUUCCAGGAGGCUGCAAAAUGCGACCAGUUUCUAGUCUUCAUAGAUGUAUAACACAUAAUAUCAAAGAGGGUGUAAAAUACAUGGACCUGGAUGGGAAAAUGUUUCCUUGUGGUGUUUUUAAAGCAAGAUCAUAAAGAGGGCUCGUGUAGGAACGUUACAACGGUGACAGAUUUGUCAGCCGGACAAAUCUUCUGUCUCAAUAGCUUGUGUUAAAAUGCUUAGGUGAAUUCUAUCGAUAAAAUUUCUUCUUCUUUUUUUUUUUUUUUUUCAAAUAACUUCAAACAACAAAUCACAAAGGCUUCCUUUAAGGUUUUAGAAAAAUGUACACUAGUUAGUUUAGUUUACAGACAUUCAUGAACUGUGUAACUUUGAUCAAAACACGCUGCAUGUAGCUCCACUGUUUAACCACUGAACCUGAAAGGGAGCUUGUUGAGAACUGUAGUGACCAGAGUGGCAUUCUCUCUCUCUCACACACACACACACACACACACACACACACACACACACACACACACACACACACACACACACACACACAAACACAAACUAUAGGAUGUACCUUUAUUUUAAUUUUUUUGCUCUUACGUAGGAGGGCCAUUGAAGGUGUAGUGAACUGGUUGUACAGCCUUAUUGACUUUGAGACAGCUUAUAACUGAUUAUUAUAGAGGUGCUGUGAUUUCCUGGACAGAAAUGGUUUGAAGGUCGAGACUGAUUACGGGCCUGAAGAGCCCUUAACAGCUAAUGGUACUUUGUUAAUAGAUAAUAGUAUUGAUGAGCAGUGUGCUUUCUUCACUAGCGUGUAAACUCUGCAACUUUCUUUGGUAAAGGCACACCAUUUGUUGCGUCUCCAAAAAUGUACAAAGAUCACCUCUGUGCUGGAUUCACUCAAAUAAAUUUUAACAUGCUUCCACAUUGCCUGGAAUGAGAUAUGACUAUUGGAUGAAACCACUACUUCAUUAUGAGCUUUGUUUGAAUUUGAUGCAUUCUUGAAAUUCCUGCAUCAAUAACUCCUGAUGCAGGCAUAAACAUGCCUAAUAGUAACUUAUGCCUUUUGCAUCUGUAUAAGAAAUGGUGGAGCAGUGUGAAAAAUGACGAUGACCAAUCAUCUCUUAGCAACAGUAUAUACAACACAUAAUGCUAUAUUAUACGGUGUGGAAGACAUGCCAUAGCUUCUUUACCGCCUUGCUUGGCUUGAUCUACCCAAAGACAUGACUGUACAAGUUAAAAGCAUGGAUGUGACCCUCCAUAGAUGAUCUAGGCGUAUUUCAUGUUGACUCUCAUGUGUACAGACUCAUAGCAGCGCCCUGUGGGAGUGCUGCCGGUAGCCAUUGACCUAAUGACUGUUAGUGUGAAAGCUUCCUUAAUAUGCUCCCCCUGCUUCCUAUGCUUCACCCAAAACAGCAGCUCACUCUGUGACCCUCCAGUCUGUCUCAUGUUCAGGUGAGAAUGUCAGUAAUGUGUUUUUGUAUGCGUGUCUGACUGAUAUUGAGGCUUUCUCUGUAGAGGAUGACGCCUAUGAAUGCCUGACAUGUGUCAGAAAACAGGAGGAAGUCGCAGUGAUAAACAGCUUGUGUGUUUGUGUGUGUGUGUGUGUGGGUGUGUGUAGGUUGAGAAAUACUUUCAAAUGCAAUAGCCCCAUAAAACUAUGUGAGUUCCCACCGUGUGACUGCACCCCUGGACUGUGUCUUUUUCAAAAAUACCCUCAGUACUGUAGAAGUAACAGAACUGGGUGCAUGUACUGGGAAUGUUUGGUUAGCAUAAUAACACACAGAGAUACUUGGUUUGCGAUGAGUAAGCAAUGCUCUCUAACAGCGGGUUUACACUUUGUUUGACUUGACAGAUAUUGUGUGUAUAAUAGUCAAAAAAAGAUUAAUUUCUGACUUACUAACUUUCAUUAUUUUUGUAAUCAUUUUUGUUAUGUUUAUUGUGUUUCUGGGUAGAAAUGACUUAGAACAAAUGAUGUAGAAUAAAUAUCCAGAGAUACAGUAUGAAGCCAGUUGUAAAAAAAAAAAACAACAACAAAAAAAAAAGUGCUUUUGUCACCAUGUUAUGUAAUCAUCAACAGUAGGACUCCGUAAUGCCGUCUGUAGGCUUUAAGCGACUCUUUGGUGUUCUGUACAUCUGUAGUAUGUACUUGUGAAAGUGCCUUUGAAAAUGUUUUAGAGGAACUUCAGACAUUCUGUACUGUUACAUUUUCAUGUCCGAUGCUGUGUUUUUUUUGAGAAGAUGCAGUGCAAAAAGAACAUGAAUAAGUAACGAUGCCAUUUUCCCAAACAGUUAUAUGACAGAAUGAAUAAUAAAUAAACAGCUUACCCAUUGUGACAUUGCACUUUUAUGUAUAUAACUGUAUAUAUGGCAUGUAACAUCAUAACAUUUAGAAUUCUUUGAGGGCUUAUACCUCCAAGGAUUUCUUUCUAAUAAAGGAAAUAGUUUG